AUGACCACUUUACUCCUCGUUUUUGUGACUCUGAGGGUCAUCGCUACAGCCUCCUCAGUAGAAGUUUCAGACCAUGACAACUCGCUGAGUGUGAGCAUCCCCCAGCCGUCCCCGACGAAGGCCCUCCUGGGGACGUCCCUCACCAUCCCCUGCUAUUUCAUCGACCCCAUGCACCCUGUGACCACCGCCCCCUCCACCGCCCCCCUCGCCCCGAGGAUCAAGUGGAGCCGCGUUUCCAAGGAGAAGGAGGUGGUCCUGCUGGUGGCCACCGAAGGGCGCGUGCGGGUCAACAGCGCCUACCAAGACAAGGUGUCAUUGCCCAACUACCCGGCCAUCCCCAGCGACGCCACCUUGGAAAUCCAGAGCCUGCGUUCCAACGAUUCUGGGAUCUAUCGCUGCGAGGUGAUGCACGGCAUCGAGGACAGUGAGGCCACCAUGGAGGUCGUGGUGAAAGGUAUCGUGUUCCAUUACAGAGCCAUCUCCACACGCUACACCCUCGACUUCGACAGGGCGCAGCGGGCCUGCCUGCAGAACAGUGCCAUCAUCGCCACGCCCGAGCAGCUGCAGGCCGCCUACGAGGACGGCUUCCACCAGUGUGACGCCGGCUGGCUGGCCGACCAGACUGUCAGGUACCCCAUCCACACUCCCCGGGAAGGCUGCUACGGAGACAAGGAUGAGUUUCCUGGCGUAAGGACCUACGGCGUCCGGGACACCAACGAGACCUAUGAUGUGUACUGCUUUGCGGAGGAGAUGGAGGGCGAGGUCUUUUAUGCAACGUCCCCGGAGAAGUUCACCUUCCAGGAGGCAGCCAACGAGUGCCGGCGGCUGGGCGCGCGGCUGGCCACCACGGGCCAGCUCUACCUGGCCUGGCAGGGCGGCAUGGACGUGUGCAGCGCCGGCUGGCUGGCCGACCGCAGCGUGCGCUACCCCAUCUCCAAGGCCCGGCCCAACUGCGGGGGCAACCUCCUGGGCGUGAGGACCGUCUACCUGCACGCCAACCAGACGGGCUACCCCGACCCCUCGUCCCGAUACGACGCCAUCUGCUACACAGGUGAAGACUUUGUGGACAUCCCAGAAAGCUUCUUCGGGGUCGGGGGUGAGGAGGAGAUCACCAUCCAGACGGUGACCUGGCCUGAUGUGGAGCUACCACUGCCCCAGAACAUCACCGAGGGUGAAGCCCGAGGCAACGUGAUCCUCACUGUGAAGCCCGCCUUCGAGGUCUCCCCCACCGUCCCGGGGUCCGAGGAGCCUUUCACAUUCGCCCCGGAAACAGGGGCCACCGCCUUCCCUGAGGCCGAGAACAGGACUGGAGAGGCCACCAGGCCCUGGGGCUUUCCCGAGGAAUCCACACCUGGCCUGGGCUCUGUCACGGCCUUCACCAGCGAGGACCUGGUCGUGCAGGUGACCAUUGCCCCAGGUGCAGCUGAGGUCCCUGGGCAGCCACGCUUGCGAGCGGGGGUCGUGUUCCAUUACCGCCCCGGACCCAACCGCUACUCGCUGACCUUCGAGGAGGCGCAGCAGGCCUGCCUGCGCACCGGGGCGGUCAUCGCCUCGCCGGAGCAGCUGCAGGCCGCCUACGAAGCAGGCUACGAGCAGUGUGACGCCGGCUGGCUGUGGGACCAGAGCGUCCGAUACCCCAUCGUGAGCCCACGGACCCCAUGUGUGGGUGACAAGGAUAGCAGCCCAGGGGUCAGGACCUACGGUGUGCGCCCGUCGUCAGAGACCUAUGACGUCUACUGCUAUGUGGACCAACUCGAGGGGGAGGUAUUCUUCGCCACGCGCCCGGAGCAGUUCACCUUCCAGGAAGCGCUGGAGUUCUGUGAGUCCCAAAAUGCCACGCUGGCCUCCACGGGCCAGCUCUACGCCGCCUGGAGCCGCGGCCUGGACAAGUGCUAUGCCGGCUGGCUGGCCGACGGCAGCCUCCGCUACCCCAUCGUCACCCCCCGGCCCGCCUGCGGCGGGGACAAGCCAGGCGUGAGAACCGUCUACCUCUACCCCAACCAGACGGGCCUCCCAGACCCGCUGUCCCGGCACCACGCCUUCUGCUUCCGAGGUGUUUCAGCAGUGCCCUCUCCAGGAGAAGAGGAGGGUGGCACACCCACGUCACCCACUGAUGUGGAGGACUGGAUCGCUACCCAAGUGGUGCCUGGUGUGGCUGGUGUCCCCUUGGAAGAGGAGACAACGGCUGUUCCCUACUUCACCGUUGAGCCAGAAAACCAGACAGCAUGGGAACCAGCCUACACCCCGGUGGGCACAUCCCUACUGCCAGGGACCCCUCCUUCGUGGCCUCCCACUGGUGCGGCAACAGAGGAAAGCACAGAAGGCCCUUCUGCCACUGCAGCGCCCUCUGCCUCAGAGGAGCCGUCCACACCUUCACCCCCGGUGCCCAGCGGAACUGAGCCGCCAGGCUCUGGGGAGGCAUCUGGGGCCCCUGACAUCAGUGGUGACUUCACAGGCAGUGGAGAAGCAUCAGGACACUUUGACUUCAGUGGGCAGCCCUCAGGGAUCAGUGCAAGUGGGCUGCCCUCUGGAGAACUUGACUCCAGUGUUCCCACCUCCACAGUGGGCUCAGGCCUGCCGGUGGGAAGUGGACUGCCCUCAGGGGAGGAAGACAGAAUUGAGUGGUCUAGCACUCCUGAGGUUAGCAGACUGCCCUCUGGAGGUGAGGGCCUAGAGGGUUCUGCCUCUGGAGUAGGGGACCUCAGUGGACUUCCUUCUGGAGGAGAAGUUCUAGAGACUUCUGCCUCUGGAGUAGAGGACAUCAGUGGGCUUCCUUCUGGAGAAGAAAGCCUAGAAACUUCUGCUUCUGGAGUAGAGGAUCUCAGUGGGCUUCCUUCUGGAGGAGAAGGUCUAGAGACUUCUGCCUCUGGAGUAGAGGACAUCAGUGGGCUUCCUUCUGGAAGUGAAGGCCUAGAGACUUCUGCCUCUGGAGUAGGGGACCUCAGUGGGCUUCCUUCUGGAGAAGAAGUUCUAGAGACUUCUGCCUCUGGAAUAGGGGAACUCAGUGGACUUCCUUCUGGAGGAGAAGUUCUAGAGACUUCUGCCUCUGGAGUAGGGGACCUCAGUGGGCUUCCUUCUGGAAAAGAAGGUGAAGAGACUUCUGCCUCUGGAGUAGGGGACCUCAGCAGGCUUCCUUCUGGAGAAGUUCUAGAGACUUCUGCCUCUGGAGUAGAGGACAUCAGUGAGCUUCCUUCAGGAAAAGAUGGUGUAGAGACUUCUGCCUCUGGAGUAGGGGAUGACCUCAGUGGACUUCCUUCUGGAAGGGAGGGUCUAGAGACCUCAGUUUCUGGAGCUGAGGACCUCAGUGGGUUGUCUUCUGGAAAAGAAGACUUGGUGGGUUCUGCUUCUGGAGCCUUGGACUUAGGCGAAGUGCCUUUUGGAACUCCAGAAAGUGGGAAAACUCCAGAACCAAGUGGCCUUCCCUCUGGAUUUAGUGGUGAGUACUCUGGAGUAGAUGUUGGAAGUGGUCCAUCGUCUGGCCUGCCUGACUUUAGUGGACUUCCAUCUGGAUUCCCAACUGUCUCCCUAGUGGAUACGACAUUGGUGGAAGUGGUGACAGCCAGCACUGCAACUGAACUGGAAGGGAGGGGAACCAUCGGCAUCAGUGGUGCAGGAGAAAUAUCUGGCCUGCCCUUCGGUGAGUUGGACAUUAGUGGGGGAGCUAGUGGACUCCCUUCAGGAGCUGAACUCAGUGGCCAAACAUCUGGGUCUCCUGACAUCAGCGGGGAGACAUCUGGACUCUUUGGUGUGAGUGGACAGCCAUCAGGGUUUUCUGAUAUCAGUGGGGAAACAUCUGGAGUGCCUGAGCUUAGCGGACUGUCCUCCGGACAACCAGGUGUCAGUGGAGAAGCUUCUGGAGUUCUUUAUGGCAGUGGUCAACCAUUUGGCAUAACCGACCUGAGUGGAGAAACAUCUGGGGUCCCUGAUCUCAGUGGGCAGCCAUCAGGGUUGCCAGGGUUCAGCGGGACAAAACCUGGAAUCCCUGACUUGGUUUCUGGUGCCACGAGUGGCAGUGGUGAAUCUUCUGGCAUUACAUUUGUGGACACCAGUUUGGUUGAAGUGACCCCUACUACAUUUAAAGAAGAAGAAGGCUUAGGGUCUGUGGAACUCAGUGGCCUCCCUUCUGGAGAGGCAGAUCUGUCAGGCACAUCUGGGAUAGUGGAUAUCAGUGGACAAUCUUCUGGAGCAACCGAUUCCAGUGGGUUUACAACCCAGGCUCCAGAAUUCAGUGGCCUACCAAGUGGCAUAGCUGAAGUCAGUGGAGAGUUCUCUGGAGCUGAGACUGGGAGCAGCCUGCCCUCAGGAGCAUACGACGGCAGUGGGCUUCCGUCAGGUUUCCCCACCGUCUCUCUUGUAGACAGAACUUUGGUGGAAUCUGUAACCCAGGCUCCAACAGCCCAAGAAGCAGGAGAAGGGCCUUCAGGCGUUUUGGAACUUAGUGGUGCCCAUUCUGGAGCACCAGACAUGUCUGGGGACCAUUCUGGAUUUCUGGACCUAAGUGGGCUGCAGUCCGGGCUGGUAGAGCCAAGUGGAGAAGCACCAAGUACUCCGUAUUUCAGUGGGGACUUUGCCAGUACCACCGAGGUAAGUGCAGAAUCCUCUGCAGCCACAGGGGCCAGUGGAGAGGCCUCGGGACUUCCAGAAGUUACUUUAUUCACUUCUGAGUUUGUGGAGGGUGUUACUGAACCAACUGUUUCUCAGGAACUUGGCCAAAGACCCCCUGUGACAUACACACCCCAACUUUUUGAGUCCAGUGGAGAAGCCUCUGUGUCUGGGGACAUUAGUGGAGUUGUACCAGUGCUCCCUGGGUCUGGGGUAGAAGCGUCAUCAGUCCCAGAAUCCAGCAGUGAGACGUCUGCCUAUCCUGAGGCCGAGGUGGGGGCAUCUGCUGCCCCUGAGGCCAGCGGAGAAGCCUCUGGGUCCCCGGAUCUGAGUGGAACCACCUCUGCAUUCCACGAAGCUGAUCUCGAGAGAGCCUCAGGCCUGGGGGUGAGCGGCAGCACUUUGACUUUUCAGGAAGGCCCCAGCGAGGGGUCGGCUGCCCCGGAAGUGAGUGGAGAAUCGACCACCACCUACUACUCUGGCACAGAGGCAUCGGGCUUGCCUUCCGCCACUCCCAUGGCUUCUGGAGACAGGACUGAAAUAAGUGGAGACCUGUCUGGUCAAACCUCGGGGCUGGAUGUUGUCAUCAGCACCAGCGUCCCAGAGUCUGAGUGGACCCAGCAGACCCAGCGCCCUGCAGAGGCACAUCUGGAAAUUGAGUCCUCAAGUCCCCUGUACUCAGGAGAAGAGACCCAAACAGCCACCUUCCCGACAGACGCUUCCGUCCCAACUUCUCCAGAAGGGACAGGUGAAUCAGAGUCCACUGUCGCAGCCCCCGCCAGGUCCUGUGCCAAGGAGUUCUGUGGUGCUGGGACCUGCCAGGAAAAAGAGGGACACGUCACAUGCCUGUGCCCCCCUGGCUACACUGGCAAGCACUGCGACAUAGACAUUGAUGAGUGCCUCUCAAGCCCUUGUCUGAAUGGAGCCACCUGCGUGGAUGCCAUCGAGUAUUUCACAUGCUUAUGCCUUCCCAGCUACGGAGGGGACCUGUGUGAGAUCGACCAGGAGGUGUGUGAGGAGGGCUGGACCAAGUUCCAGGGCAACUGUUACCGCCAUUUCCCCGACCGCGAGACCUGGGUGGACGCCGAGGGCCGGUGCCGGGAGCAUCAGUCACACCUGAGCAGCAUCGUCACCCCAGAGGAGCAGGAGUUUGUCAACAACAACGCCCAAGACUACCAGUGGAUCGGCCUGAAUGACAGGACCAUCGAAGGCGACUUCCGCUGGUCAGACGGACACUCCUUGCAAUUUGAGAACUGGCGCCCGAACCAGCCCGACAACUUCUUUGCCACCGGAGAGGACUGCGUGGUGAUGAUCUGGCACGAGAAGGGCGAGUGGAAUGAUGUUCCCUGCAAUUACCACCUGCCCUUCACCUGUAAAAAGGGCACAGUGGCCUGCGGAGACCCCCCCGUGGUGGAGCACGCCAGGACCUUCGGGCAGAGGAAGGACCGGUACGAGAUCAAUUCGCUGGUGCGGUACCAGUGCACCGAGGGCUUUGUCCAGCGCCACGUGCCCACCAUCCGGUGCCAGCCCGACGGGCACUGGGAGGAGCCUCGGAUCACCUGCACAGACCCCGCCACCUACAAGCGCCGGCUACAGAAGCGGAGCUCACGGCCCCCGCGGAGGAGCCGCCCCAGCACGGCCCACUGAGAGGAGCUUCCAGCACACGCCAAGGAUGCUGAGCCCAGGAGCCUGCCAGGCCGACAGCGCAUCCCACCCAGCUGGUGUCCUCUUCUUGUCACUUUUUGUCAUAUAAGGAAUCCCAUUAAAGAAGGAAAAAAAUAAAUCCUACAUUGUGUAUGCACCCACUCACCCCCUCCCCGAAUCACCAAAACUGCAUCUAAUUUGUCCCCUAAAUGCCAAAGCAAAGCAAAUUGAUUGUAACCCGUGGACUGAGUUUAGAGACAUUUCUUCAAUCUCCCAUUGUGCCUUUCCAGGGACCAGAGCAGGGACAGGGGGAGAAGGGGAGGGUUAAGUUAAAUAAAGAAGAUUAUUUUUGUUUCCUGACUUUA